CAGAUUGCAAAGCCCUUUGAGGCAACUUUGUGAUUCUGGAGCUGGAGCUGUGAGCAGCUUCUCCAUUUCCAUCAACAGCACACUCAAACAUCAAGAGUUUUUAGUAUGCAUGCUGAAUAUUUUGAGUUUAUUUUACAUGUUGACUUAAACUUGUUUUGUGAAAGAGGAAGGAAGAGGAGAUUAUCAAAGUUCUCCUUUAGACUGUAGCUGCAAAUAUUGCUCCAACAUAGAGCGACAGUGUCCGUGCUGGAUGUGAAGAUGGGACACACUUUGCUCUGUGUGCUGGGGUUAUUCUUGAUGAAUACUCUCUUCAAGUAUGGACAUGCUGAAGCACAAAAGGUUAACGCCACCUUGAGAGCUGAUAAAAGAACCAUAGCAGUGGGAGGCAAUGUGAUGCUGACCUGCUCUGUGGAUGCUGACGACUCCUCUGGCUGGAAAUACCAGUGGUUCAGACGAACUACAAAUUCUUUUGAAGAAAUAUUUAUGGAAAAUGGCAAACCUGACCAAAACAGCACUAUCAGUGUCACAAAAGGAGGCGUCUACAGGUGCAGAGGAGGGAAAGGAGACUCAUUGUCCUUUACAGAGGACAGCAAUAUCAUCACCAUUCACAAAAUUGUUUACAACAGGGCUGUUGUGACUCUGCAGCCCAACUGGCUUCAGAUAUUCAGCGGUGAGACGAUCACUCUCAGAUGUGAGAUCCAGAGAGGAGAAGGCACAGAGUGGAAGUAUGAAUGGAUGACACCCACCUCAAAUCUAUCAUUGACAAAUAAUGAAUACAAGAUUAGCAAGGCUCUUGCUUCCAACAAUGGAGAUUACUCAUGUAAAGGUAGUCACAGAGGAGACUUGUUUUCUUCAACAAACUGGAGUGAGACCGUCGCAUUGACAGUAUUUCAACGAAAACCAAAAGCCAAAAUAAGUGCUGACAAAACAGCAGUUCCAGUAGGUGGCAAUGUUACCCUGACCUGUACUGUGAAACCAUCAUCUGACUGGAAAUACUACUGGUACAGAGGCAAGAAAAACUCUAAAUCUGUUUUCCACUCAAGUGGACAAAUGAGUAUCUCACAGGGAGGACUCUACUGGUGCAGAGGAGGGAGAGGAAAUCCAGUUUAUUACGCAGAGUACAGUGAUUCAAUCAAUCGCAACAAACUUGUCACAAACAGGGCUGUUGUGACCCUGCAACCCAACUGGCCCAAAAUAUAUACAGAAGAGACAGUCGCCCUCAAGUGUGACAUCAACGAUGGAGAAGACAUUGAGUGGGAGUAUGAAUGGCAAACAAGUAGCUCAUCCAAACCUCCAAAACAACGUGAGAGCUUACUUAUUGCCUAUACAUCCCACAGUGGAGACUACAGGUGUAAGGGCAGAAAGAAAAGUGAACAAACGACAGUGACAGAGUGGAGUGAUGCCUUCAAUUUGAUGGUGUAUGACAAAAAACCCCAGGCUGUCCUCACUGUGUCUCCAUUAUGGCUGAGUCCUGAAGCCACAGUAAAUCUGAGCUGUGAGGUUGAAAAUCCAUCUGCAGGAUGGAGGUUCUACUGGUAUAAGGCUGUUCCCAAACUAGCAGACAACUCCUACAGCGAUGAGCUGCUACCUGGCAACAGCAGUGGGACUGAACAGGAUUCCUACAUUGUUUAUGGACAGCCACACACAGCAGGAUAUAAGUGCAGAGCUGGAAGAGGAGACCGAGUGUAUUACACUCAGUACAGUGAACCAAAGUUCGUCUGGUCUGGAGAUUUUCAUUCAUCAGCGUCUCUCACAGUGAGUCCUGACAGAGUGCAGCACUUCCCCUCUGACUCUGUCUCACUGAACUGUGAGGGAAACUCUGCUGAGUGGAGAGUGAGGAGGUUUACCGAGAAGGACUCCUUGUUAGACUAUUCUGACUGGGGGACAAUGACUGGAGCCACAUGCAACAUUCACAGAUUACAGGAGGGUAACACUGUGUACUGGUGUGAGUCUGGAUCAGGACAGUACAGCAACGCAGUCAACAUCACUGCACAGAAAAAAGAUAUUAUCCUGGUGAGCCCUGUCCAUCCUGUGACUGAGGGAGAUUCUGUCAGUCUUUGCUGCAAAUUGAAGACAUGAAGAUUAGAUUCUGAUGUGUUUUUCUAUCGAAAUGACAAACUCAUCCAAAAUGAUACUAGAGGGGAGCUGAAUAUCUCUGCAGUGUCAAAGUCAGACGAAGGCUUCUACAAGUGUCAAUACUCGGGGAAAGAGUCACUACAGAGUUGGUUGGCAGUAAAAUCGUCAAGGUCUUCGUCUCUUGUAUCAGUUUUUACCGGACUGCUUGCGGGAAUUGUAAUGAUUAUUCUCCUGCUUCUGCUGUGUCACUACAAAAAAGCCAAAGAUCUAUGCUGUGACGGGCCGAUCCAGUCUCUGAGCACCAAUCAGGGCUCUGCUACAGACCAAACAGUCAACCAGGAUGAAACUCAACAGCAUGUAUACUCCUCUUUUCCAUGGUGAUGUUUCUAUCUAUGAAUCAGUCAAAGGCUCUGAAAACACAAGAAACGGUGGGACAGAGAAGGAAUACAGUAAUGUCACAUUUCAGCUAAAAGGUCUCGACAAAAACAGUAAACAUGAUGAUCCAGUGGAGAGCUCCGACUAUUAUAAUCUGAAUCUAAAAUCUGCCACAGGUCCAUGAAGAGAAGUGCAUCAUCAACAAACAAAAGGAGGCACAGACAACAUUAAAAAACUAAAUUCAUGUUUAAGCAGUCUUGGCAGCAACAAGAAAACAGGAUUGCAUAACUCUGCUAUUCAAAUAUCAGACUUACACUAUCUGGUUCAGUUUUAUCAUAAAUCAAAGCAGAUAGUAAAAUAUGUUGGAUGUAAUUCUGUCUUGAUCUCAAACUGUGUGUUUUUUGUAUUUAUAGAUGUAUAUGUUUUGUUGUAAUUAUUUCAGUAUUCCUGUCAAUUAACGCAGGUUAUAGCGUAGGCCUGUCUGUGAAAUAAGGAUCAGCCACAGAUGUAGCCAUUUAUACAGAAACCUAACUGUCCAUUCAGCUACCGGCUUAUUUAUACCUUUGCUGAAAAUGAAUGAUCUCAUCAUUUCUUUUUUGGGUCUGCUGUGAUAAAAUUGAGGAAAUAUCAUCAGAGUUUCACAAACACUUCCUAAAUAACAAUAAUAGGAGUCAGGUUGGAAAUCAGUAAAGUGUAAAGUAUUUAAAAUAUCUAUCCACAUGUCACACACAUGGCUUAAAGCUGAAUUCUGUAACUUUGUAGCUGUUACAGCUUAGAUCUAUCUAUUAUGUUGUGUUUAUGUAUCUAACCUCUUUGUAUUCAGCUGUUAACCAUUCAACAUUUAGCAUUAAAAUUAUUUUUGACCAUGAAA